GCCCUGCCACGCGUGCUGACGUUGCCUUGGAGCCCGGGCCCAUGGAGCCGUUUGCUGUCUUAGCUGUGUCGCUGCUCCUCGGGGCACUCAUUUUCUUUAUCUCAGCGGCGGUGACCGGAUCGCGGAGGGCCGCACCGCAGGAAGACAACAGUAAUGAGGAGGACAGUAAAGACAGUAAUGGUGUAAGUGACAGAAACACAGGAUCGAGGAAGCAAAAGUUGCAGCGUCCACGUAAAGAAAAAUCGCAGCAGCAUGUGUUUGCCCACCCACUGCUGGCCACUUCACUAAAGAAUCACAGUGGGAAUAUCAGCUGUCUGGAUUUCAGUAGUAAUGGGAAGUACCUGGCUUCCUGUGCUGAUGACCGUACAGUGCGAAUUUGGAGUACAAAAGACUUCCUUGAGCAUGACCAUCGUUGUGUGCGAACUAAUGUUGAGCUUGAUCAUGCCACGCACGUGUGCUUCAGCCCUGACUCCAGAGCCUUCAUCACUUGGCUGGCAAAUGAAGAAACAAUCCGUGUUUUCAAAAUGAUCAAAAAGGAUGAUGGUUCAUUUGCAUUCACCGCCGCGCCUGAAGACUUCCCGAAGAAGCACAAAGCUCCCAUUAUGAACAUCGGAAUUGCGGAAACAGGAAAGUUCAUUAUGUCUGCGUCAAAUGACACUACCAUCCUGAUCUGGGACCUGAAAGGAGAGGUUCUGGCUACAAUUAACACUAACCAGAUGAACAAUGCAUACGCCACAGUGUCUCCUUGUGGAAGGUUUGUGGCUUCAUGUGGCUUUACACCAGAUGUGAAAGUUUGGGAAGUCUGUUUUACCAAAUCAGGCGCAUUCCGGGAAGUGAUGAGGGCUUUUGAUCUAAAGGGUCAUUCAGCUGGCAUUUACUCGUUUGCUUUCUCCAAUGACUCCAGAAGAAUGGCAACAGUUUCUAAAGAUGGCACCUGGAAGCUGUGGGACACUGAUGUUGAGUACAAACAGCAACAGGACCCCUACUUGCUGUACACUAUGAAAUGCAAUGUCUCCGAUCCCUGCCGAAUCGCUCUUUCUCCUGAUGCUAGGGUGGUAGCUAUCUCCAGUGGCUUCAACAUCACAGUACAUAGUGCCAAGACAGGCAAGCAGGAGGAAGAGUUUUUAAAUGUGCACGGGGAGGAGAUUGCUGACUUGGCAUUUGACAUCAACAGUAGGUUUUUAGUUUCGUGUGGUGACCGUGCAAUCCGGGUCUUCCACAACGUGGUGGGCUACCGUGCGGUUAUUGAAGAGAUGGAAAGCAGGCUAAAGAAAGCAACAAAUGAAGCGAUGCGAGAGAGAUUGCAGCAGCAGAUUGAUGAUGCACAGGGCGCAUUAGAGGCUGUGUGUAUAAAGAAAGAAUAAAACUGCAACAAACUAAUGUUGCCUUUGGCUUUGUGUGUUUCUGGAUCUGCUCUGUAGGCUCAGAGGAAUAUUUGUGACUUCACUUUAACUCUACAUUGUUUGUACAUAAAGUGAAUACGGUAUCCCUUGCCAUUAGGUUCCAGUCAUCAGGAAAAGGACCAGUGGAAUUUGAUGCUCAGGACUGAGUUUGAAUCUGUUUUGUUUGGAGCAGAAUUUCUGUAAAUAAAGAAAAUACAAAUUUUCA